AUGCCAGCAGAACGGGAGAUGGGCAAGCGACCCUCCGAGAACAAAUACGGCCGUUCCCGUGGCAAGGGGUGCUACGCAUCGCGGCGUUCGACACCUGACCGGCAGCCAGCCAAAAUCAGCAAAGUCUCGACGGUCAUCGACAACCGACGGAAGAACAGACGUGCCCGGUCUUCUCAGCAGAAAGACCGUGGGAGCCCUUCCUUUUCCACAAUUCUCCCCCACUUCUCUGCUCGCCCUGCAGAGGACCGACUGCAGUUUUUAUCUUGGCUAUUCGAGGGCGUUCUGUCUCGCUGUCUCCCUCUCUCGGACGCAGGGGCCAUACCUUCGCGUAGACCUUCAAGUGAAGGUGGGGAAAUGGCCAGUCCCUCACGGGAGGGGGGCCAUGCAACUGCGGAGUCCAGUCUCUCGAGAAGGGGGUUAGACUGGUCAGCGGAAGAAGAUCGCCUGCUCGUGCAAAUUAAGGAAGAGGAACAACUUGCGUGGUCGGAAGUGAUUAAACAUUUCAAUCAGGCCUUUCCGGGCAGAAGUCCCGGGUCUACCAAGGUGCAUUGGUAUACAAAGAUUAACAAACGAACAUCGUUAUUGGCCAAAGGGUCUUAG